GCCUGUGAGGGGCCUGGCCCGUCGUCCACAGCAAGCCUCAUGGGGUUGCUGGGCUGGACCCAGCAAUAACAAUCCUCCUUCCGGUGUGGCGCCGUUCAGUUGGGGCAGACAUGGCGAACCGCUGCCCCGUGGCCGUCGCCCUCAGUAAGGGCCACAAGGUGACGAAGAACGUGUCAAAGCCCCGGCAGUGCCGCCGCAGAGAGCACCUGACCAAACACACUAAGUUUGUGCGAGACAUGAUCAGAGAGGUCUGUGGUUUUGUUCCCUAUGAGAAAAGUGCUAAGGAAUUGCUGAAAGUUUCCAAGGACAAACGUGCUCUGAAGUUCAUAAAGAAAAGGGUUGGUACUCACAUUCGGGCCAAGCGAAAACGUGAAGAGCUCGACAAUAUUCUGGCAGCCAGGAGGAAGGCUAUUGCCAAGUUGCAAAAACUCCUGUAACUCAUUAAAGUGUGUUCC